CAUAAGUUCAUGUUCCUUUCAUUUAAACUAAUACAUUAUAUACGUGUCAGUGUGGUAGAAGUUUGUAUAUACGUAGUCAACCAUAGAUUGAGGAAUUGAGAUCAAUAAACAGUAUUUUAUAAGUUUACUGAGUCAAAAAUCUCGUUGGUCAUGAAUGAGUAGUUCAAGGCACUCUGUAAACGACAUGAACUUUAAGACAAAGACGCUUCAGAAAAACUUGCCUUUGAAUAAUCAUGCUUACACUGUUCCUCUUUCUUUUUCCUACUCACAAGUUGUGUUUAUUCAUUUAUUCUACCGCUCAUUACAUAUGCAACUCCACUUUAGACAACUUUAUAAGAAAUACUAGUGCUUUUGGUAAUGGAGCAGUUGCAUAUAUUGCGUAUGUACAAACGGAAAGCAUAGAUUAUAUAAUAAAACCAGUUCUCAAAAACUUCGUCACCAUUAUCUUCAAAAUCCUUCCAGAGAAAACUGCAACUAUGAGUUCUCCUCUCAUCCAUGAAAUCAAAGGCCAAGCAUUUCGGUUCUUGAAGGAAAAGAUUAGAACUGCAAGGCUGGUUCUCACUGAUGUUACACCAGUACAGUUAAUGACAGAAGAAGCCACCAAUGAGAAUCCAUGGCCACCAGACACACGUAGCACGAGUGUAAUAUCACGAGCUGCCUUCGAAGUGGAUGAAUAUGAGAGAAUCGUGGAGAUUCUGCAUCACAGGUUCUCGAAAUUUGAUAAAGGGUAUUGGAGAGCCUCAUACAAGGCUCUUAUAUUACUGGAACAUCUUCUAACUCAUGGACCUAAAAGAGUUUCAGAGGAGUUUCAAAGUGACAUUGAUGUCAUUGAAGAGAUUGGACAACUUCAGCACAUUGAUGAGAAAGGGUUCAACUGGGGUUUGAGUGUUAGAAAAUUAUCAGAAAGAGUGUUGAAGCUCUUAAGAAACAAGGAUUUUUUCAAAGAAGAAAGAGCAACAGCACGUCACCUUUCUCAUGCAAUCAAAGGGUUUGGAAGUUUUAACCCGCGAAGCUCAGCAAUGGAUGAAAGGUUAAGUGACUUACCUUCUAAGAUUUAUGGGAGAUGUAACUCUUACUAUGAUGAUCGCCAAUAUGAAAAAUAUGAUUUCACAAAGAAGCUCAGUGUGGAUGGCAAUAAUAAAGAGCUACAAAUUCUUGAAGACACGGACAAUUCAAAGCUGCUAAAACAUGAAAAUGAUUCAAGUUCAGCAGACACAGAUGAAUAUCAUCCUUUCAAUGAUCAAGAGAAAGUGACUGUAGCAUCCUUGCUUUCUGUGUGAUGAUAUGUUACAAGAAUUUACUUAAGAUAUAUGUAUAGUUCUUGAACUAAUCAUAAGUUUGGACAAUGUAGAAUCAAGGAAGGUGGUAUAAAUAUGUACAGUUUGUGAUUCUUGAACAGAUUGCAAAUAGUUAGAGAGAAACUAUGGUCACUAUUUACGUAACGAUGAAAUCAGAAAUAUGGUUACUGAUGAGGGAACACAGAUUAUUAAGUAAUUUGUCUAUCUGUUUUCUGUAGGAUGGAAUCUAUUACACAGUUCUGAUAUUUAUGAACACGUGACAAGUUAAUUACAUUCAGUGCCUUUUGAACCAUACAAUGAUUUUCAGUAUUAACCAAAAUGCUA